UAAGGUGUCUCAGUGCAAACUGACUGCACCAGCAGGUUUGAUCAGUGCUCAGCUGUGUAAUUGAAGUCACAGCUCUCUUAACACUUCAACCUGAAAUGGAUCUGUGGAGCAAAAAAGACAAUGUCACCUACAAGCGGUGGACCAAUCAUGAAGUGAGGAGUGGGGUGAAUGUGGUGGGUCACAGCGAUGAGGACCAGGGCACAGAUAAUGAGAUCUGCACUAUAGCCUCAGCAGGAGUGGACUCAGAGGGAAGACGGUCUGCAACCAUGUCUGGAUUGGAUCAACAUGAGGAAACCUUCACAGUGGACGAAGCUCUGGAGGCGAUCGGCUUUGGAAAGUUCCAGUGGAAGAUGUCUGUCGUCACAGGACUGUCAUGGGUUGCAGACGCCAUGGAGAUGAUGAUCCUGAGUAUCUUGGCCCCCCAGCUGCACUGUGAGUGGAAGCUGCCCGGCUACCAAGUGGCCCUCAUAACAUCGGCAGUGUUUGCAGGAAUGGGUGUCGGGUCACCGUUAUGGGGGAAUGUGUCCGAUACGUACGGCAGGAAAACAGGUCUGACGAUGUGUAUCUGCUGGGCUCUGACUUACGGCGUGUUGAGUUCCUUUGCUCCUGUGUACGGCUGGCUCCUGUUUCUGCGGGGCCUUGUAGGCUUUGGCCUUGGAGGAGCUCCUCAGUCGGUGACACUGUACUCUGAAUUCCUUCCAGUGAAGUCCAGAGGCACCUACAUCAUGCUGAUUGCGGCGUUCUGGGCGAUUGGCUCUGUGUUCGAGGUCCUCCUGGCUCUGUUGAUAAUGCCCACUCUGGGCUGGAGGUGGCUGCUCUUCUUUUCCAGUUUACCGAUGGCAGUCUUUCUAUGCUUCUGCUAUUGGCUUCCUGAAAGUCCUCGCUUUCAUCUCCUGACGGGAAAAACAGGGAAGGCCAUGGAGACUUUAGCACGCAUUGCCAAAGACAAUGGCAAGCCUAUGCCUAAAGGGAAGCUUGUCGGCAAUAAACAGAAUGAGCGUGGAAGGAUUAAAGAUCUCUUCACUGAUCAGUAUCGGAAGACUACUCUGCUUCUUUGGUUUAUAUGGUUUGCAAAUGCCUUCUCCUACUACGGGAUAGUACUCUUGACUACUGAGCUAUUCCAAGCUGAACAGUCAUGUACAGCAAUUCAAGGGGCCAAGAUGGAAUCAAGCUGUAGUCUGGAAUGCAGAUAUUUGACAUCAAGUGACUACAAAGACCUUUUAUGGACCACCUUGGCUGAAUUCCCAGGUAUUUUAGUUAUCCUCCUUGCAAUUGACCGUAUUGGCAGAAAGAAGAGCCUGGCUCUGUGUUUCUUCAUGUUUUCUUUGUGCAUGCUGCCCUUAUUUGCUUGUAUCGGGAGGCUGUCUGUUACUAUCUGCAUAUGUAUUGCCAGAGCCUUCAUCUCUGGAGGAUUUCAAGUUGUUUUUGUUUACACACCAGAGGUGUACCCGACAGAAACGAGAGCCAUAGCAAUGGGGACUUCCAGUGCGAUAAGCAGGGUGGGGGCCCUGAUUACCCCCUUUGUGGCACAGGUGAUGCUCAGACAAUCAGUGAGUGCGACCUUGUCGUUUUACUUGAUCGUCUGUCUGCUGGGUGGCGUUGCAUCCUUGCUCCUGCCCAUUGAGACGUUGGAUCGGGGUCUGCAGGAGUCCUGUCUUGAUCAGGAGGCAGGACAACAGACAGCCACUACCAACCAAACAAAUAAUACAACACACUCCUCUAACCAGAGGUAGAACAUCCGGAAAGAAUGACAUCCUGUAUAUGAUUAUGGGUAAACAACAUGCAAACAAGAGGGGGACAAUCUCAUUAUGAGCACAGAGUCAUUGAGGGUCGGCCCACUCCCCAUAUCUAAUGAGAGUGGAGGCACACUUGUGCUUUGACUGGUUUGUUAAGCUCCACCUGCAUUAAGGCCAUGAGAAGCAACAGAGGGACGUGAUGAACGUCGACAAAGCUCUGUUUAGAGCUGCACAUUGUAAGCCUUGCCCACAUUUUCAAUAAAUAAUAUCGUAUUUAUUUAUAUAAAAAGCCAGGGGGCCUUUUUCUUAUUAAAGUUGUUGAGUGAAAAUCUGUUGUAAUUUGCACAAUAAAAUAUUAUUUGUUUUGUUA